CUAGAAAAGUCGGGUCUGCGUCUGGCGUGCGGAGUGUCAAUUUUGGUGGUAGGAAAUAAAGAUUGUGCAAUUUUGCCGAAAAACGCAACUUAGCGAAUUCAGUUCAUUUGUUAACGUUUGUUCUGCUGAAUAUAUUCGAUUCCGGCGCAAUGUCUGAGAGCGACUGGGAUACGGUGACCGUAUUGCGUAAAAAGGCCCCGAAAGCUUCCACCCUGAAGACGGAAACUGCUGUCAAUCAGGCUCGUCGGCAGGGAAUUCCGGUGGAAACUGUCCAAAAGUAUAAUGCCGGGACCAACAAGCAGCAUGCCGCCGUCAAAAACACCUCUAAGCUGGACCGGGAAAGCGAAGAGCUGAAGCAUAAGACGGUUUCGCACGAUGUGUCCAAGCUGAUCAUGCAGGGCCGCCAAGCCAAGGGGCUGAGUCAAAAGGAUCUGGCCACGAAAAUCUGCGAAAAGCCGCAAAUCGUCAACGAUUACGAAGCUGGCCGCGGCAUUCCGAACAACCUGAUCCUCGGAAAGAUCGAACGUGUGAUUGGAAUAAAACUACGGGGCAAGGAAAUCGGCACCCCUUUCGCGCCUCCCGGUAAGAAGUGAACCCUAUCGGGAGGCAAUAAUGCUUAAGCUCAACAACACCUAUCAGCGCAUACACACCCCUACAUAAACAUAAACAUUACACAAAAUACAUUACGUCUAGUGUGAGAAAAGUGUUUGAUAUCAACCAAUAUGACAGCAAACGAGGCAUUAAAAAUUCUCACAAAUGAAUCGCUUGAUUUUGCGUCGAUGGUGAAAACCCGAAACGUCUUGCGAGGAUAGAGUUUAUGCUUAUUGCACACCUUUUCCACACUUGCAUUAUGUUAGCGUUGCGGUGCAAAUCUAUCAGUAGAAAUUCAAAUGCAUCGGUGUAGACUUUUAGUACAACUACGAUUGGUGGCAAAAUUCUUGUAAAUGUUAUCCUUUUGGUCUCAGACUGCUAGCAGGACAUUUGAAAAAGUUUAUCCUUAUUAGAAUGUGAAUUAUGUGUAUCAACAAUAGAUUCAUUGUGGUUUAUUCAAUAAAAUUUCAAUGGUAAACUAUUUGCAGAGUUAAAAUUAAAAGCAGUGUGUGCAAUGUUUGAAAGGACAAAAAAUCGAGAAAAGAAAAACUCAUUAAAAUCUAACUAAGGAAUGAUCUAAUCAGAAAAGAUUAUCUUGUAUUAAACGCUUAAACCAUCUUCCCUAAAUUGAACUCUUAACAUAAAAUAAUGCUGAUCAUUACUAACUGGACUUACAGAAUCUAAUAUUCCCGAGGUCUACAACAUCUCUGGUUCAGAAUUUUCUCCCAAAUUUCUCAUCUAAUUUUCAAUAUUUGAAAUAUUUUCCACAGGAGCCAAGUAGACUUACUGGAUGAAUGAUUUGUGCUGCGCAACGGUGCCACUGCUUAUUGAUAAAAUGCUUUUCUGUAUAGGGAACAUUGAAUCAAGAAAGCACCAACAGGGAAUAUCGAAUUGGUUUUAAGUGUGAGUGUCUUACAAAUGAACAUCAAACGUUAAAGACUACAAAAAAUAGAAACAGUUGCAUUUGAUCGCAAAAAUGGCUGCUUUUUGUCGUUUCGUGAAAUUGGCUGGCAGUUCGCACAGCCACAGAUUCGUUUUAAGUAAAAUUUAAAUUAUUCUUUGUUAAAUUUUAAACGAAAAAAAAACCUAAAGCAAACAUCAUUAAUGAACACUAAAUUUUAGCACUCAUAGCAAGCAUCAAAAUGUUCAAAUAUUUAACAUUUAAAUAUCUAUAGCCACUGUCUGAUUCUUUUGAUGAUGAACAAAAUAAAGUGUAAACCUUUAAUCCAA